UGUCAUAAUAAUUCCAAUUUACUGAAAAUUACGUUUUCUUUACUUUUUACGUUCUUUUUUAUAUUUACUUGCUAUUGUUGAGCAUUUUUAUGUGCAAUUAGUUUUUAUUUACGUAAAAAGUUUUUGUUUUGCCUUUUCUAACUGUUCAACAGUCCAAGGCUGUUUGAUUGAUAUUUUACGAUGAAUAUCAAAGAUCUUCAUAAAAGGUAGCGAGUUAUUUUGACGCCCACGGAAGUGUCGUAGUAACGGCCUUAGGGAUUAGUUUUUCCUAAUUCCUACAGAAAUGUGCGCGUAAGGUGGUGUAGUGAUAAGUUGUGUAUUGUGUACGAGACAAUGAGUGAAUCGCCAGGCGUAGAGUGGCUGCCGGCCUACAGUCCAGGUCCGCCGCGCCACAGUCCCCUGGGCCCUAUACCUCGUUUUCUCUACGAAGAUGUUCAACCACCUUGCCUCCAACAGGAAAAUAACAACAAGGAAGUAGACCUAAAGGAAAACUUAAACAAAAUCAAACACACAAAACCUGCAUACAGUUACGCAAGUAUGAUCAGACUGGCAAUCAGCAGCUCCCCCAAUGGAAAGAUGACACUCAACGAGAUCUACAACUAUAUUUGCAAUGCAUUCCCAUAUUAUAAAGAAGCUGGCAAAGGUUGGAUGAAUUCAAUCAGACACAACUUAUCACUGAACAAAUGCUUCAUGAAGGUGCCUCGCAGCAAGGAUGAUCCAGGCAAGGGCUCCUACUGGGCUAUGGAUACCAGCUACAAGAUGGCAGAGGUCACCCCACGACGCCGCCGCAGCCUCAGGAUGGCGCCGUACAGUCCAGAAUGCAGUUCAAACAGCAGUGGUGAGGCGGGCAUGUUGCCGUGCGCUAUAGACGCCGCGCCCACACCGCCUGCCACGCCCACCACGCCCACAUCGCCCACUGUCACCGCAGUUACUACGGUCAAGGAGGAGCCUAUGGUUAAGGAGGAGAACGAUAUGAGCCACACCGACGACGCACUAUCGGCUUUGAUGAACGAAGAGCUGAUGCCAGAUGUAGACAUCAGUAGAGAACGAUGGUGGUGGUCCGGUGGGCGGCGGCACGUGUGCUGUGUGCUACGACACAGCUCCCUCACCGACGACUACGGCAACUUCGUGGAGGCGCGCGACGACUGCGACUGCCCCGUCGACUGCGAGGACACGCCCCCCGCGCCGCUAGACACGCCCCCCGCGACCCUGGCCACGCCUUCCGCCGCACUCUGGCCUCCCACCUUAUAACACCGCCCGCAUCGCAAUCUCAACCCUAACAUAUGCCAGUUAAAGGCCAGUUUUGAUUGCAGCCAGGAGACAUCAUAUUCAACCUACAAAUGGUCAGUGUAGUUAAGAUUUUUCAUACUUCACGGUGCUCUCCGAUGGGCUUUUAUACUCAUCAUCUUGAAUGUUGUAUUAUUUGAUUAAUAUUCGAUAUAUUAGUACAUUUACGGAGUACAUUUUUACGGUAUUUUACAGUCGGAUGUGUCGUCCGACAGUCUACAAUGUUAGUUAUUUUGUGUGGAUUGCUGGUAGAGUAGUACACUUAUAUAGAAUUUAGGAUAACUUCGUAUAGUUGUAACGAUUUACAAUACUGCUGUCAAUUGCGACAGAUUAUAAAAUUAUAUUCAAUUAAUUUUGAUUUAAUUUAAAACUGAAACAUUUAAUGUAAUGUAACUACUUAAAAUAUCAAAUGUAAAUCUAACAGGGUAGACGUAACUAACAAAUUUCACAUUAUUUCAUAUAAUUUGAUAGUCAAAUGUCAAAGCCGAUAAAACAACUAGAAUGUAAAAAAAGUAUUGCAAAAGUACUGAUAAACAGAAAAAUACAGAUUCAUAUGUAUUAAAUAUUUACUGUUUGUAAAUGUCCAAAAUAUUUCCUAUGGCAACAAUUCUUCUUCUUCUUUUAGUUACUAGUAGACCCUAUCGUCUAAUUUCGAUGAUUUCAAUGGCAACACUUAAUUAUGUCAUUAUUGACUUUGACAUUUGACCUGUCAAAUUUGACAGAUGUUUGUUUCCUGUGAUCCGAAGUUUGCGUUCGCAAUUAAUUUAGAAGAAAGAAUAUGUAAAUAUAAAUCCCAUGAAUUAAGUGUAUUUCAUAAACAAAGUAAGUACAUACAAUAGAAGGAAAUAACAUAACAUAUCUGCCAAGUAUUUAUAUAGAUUUAGUUACCUUAUGUAGGUGUAAUGUAAAAUAAUUAUGUUAUAUAUUAUCAUAAUGAAAUGGACCAUAGUGCAUAGAGCAGUGGCAUAGAGUUGACGUUUAGGCUUGGUUAUUAGAAAGGGCUGAUUAUAUAUUUUUUUAAUAAUUGCAAAUAAUUAAGAUUUUAAACUCAUUUGAAGUAAUCUGACCUCAGUAUGUAUAAAAUAGGACAAUAUUCCUUUUUUUUUCCAUACAAUGGUAUAUUUAAUCUACGAAAGAAAGGAAUGUAUGAAAGGAUAAAAGUCAGAUAUAAAAGGUUGUAUGUAAUAUGUUGUAUCGU